AUGGCGGAAGGAGAAUCAGGGAAGAUGAGCUUUUCUUCGCUAAUAUCCCAACAACAAAAUGGUCAACCUUUCGAUCAAGGAUCUCCUCCUGGCUACUGUCCCCAGCAGUAUUCAGGACAACCUGGACCGGUAACAGUUCAGCCGGGGAUGGGGCAGCCAUAUGAAUACCAUUCUGGCAACACGACUGUGAUUGUACAACAACAACAGAUCCUAACUCGACCUCCAAUGAGAGACUGGAGCACCGGUAUUUGCGGCUGUUUCGAAGAUAUGGCAUCCUGUUGUGCUGUUUUUUGGUGUACGAGUUGCUAUGCAUGUUACCUUUCGAAUAAACUUGGAGAGACCUGUUGUCUACCAUUAGCCAUCUCUGGAUUCGGUUCUUUGAUUCCCCUCCGAACCAAAGUCCGCACAGCGAACAACAUUAGAGGCAGUAUCUGUGAGGACUGUUGCAUGGUCUUCUGGUGUCCAGCAUGCGUCAUGUGUCAACUGUCACGUGAACACGAUUACAUCCAGCUGAAGCAGCAGCAAAUCUUAUGAACUUGAUUAGUGUUUUAUCAAGUUUCAUAUAUCAAAUCUAUAACUGGUAUAUCACGUUUUUUUUUCUUAAUCAUAUUCUAUAGAAAAUGUUUUCUUGAAUAAGGCCAUCUUUAAAAAUUUGUUUGGUUGCCCUCUCCCGACUGACUGGCUAAAAAUAGCCCGACUCAAAACUUUUUUUUUACCUUCUGGAGGCAAUUACUUUUUUUAUGUAUUUUGGACGAUAGAUUUUAAAAAUUUAAAAUUGAAAUUGAAAUUUCCCGAGAAAUUUUUUUUUCUUACCUACCAACCGACCCAAUUUUUUUUAAUCCUGAGUCAGGAGAGGGCAAACCAACAUUAUUUUAAAGUUGGCCUAAUGCACUUUUUUUUUUAAUUAUGAGCCAAGCAGCUGAUUGAUUGACUAAUUAAUCGAUCGUUUGUCUAAUUGAUUUUUUCAUUUCUGCAUAACUGUGUAUGAAUAUUUUUGUAAAUAAAUUUUGCAAAUCAA